GAGAAGUGAGAAGAAAGAUGAAUGGUCCUGCCCAGCAGCAGUUCCAGCUCACCCGCUUGGGUCGGAUCCAUUUUCUGCCACUCUCAGAAGCCACAACACAAACACAAACAUCAACACAAACACCAACACCAAAACCUUUCCAUCAUCCCAAGUAAAAUAACUUUCCAACAUCCCAAACAUCUCUCUACAAAAACAUCCUCUUCCUCAAACAAAACCAAAAUCCCUUUUAAAAAAAAAAAAAAAACAUUUUUUUUUUUUAAAAAAAUUAUUUUAUUUUUCUACUUAGAAAUAGAAAGCAUAGGAUAAGAAUAGCCCAUAAAAAUCAGAACCUCUCCUGGUAUCAUCGUUCUCGUUAAUGCUGAAAUCACUGGGAUUGUGUGUUAAAUGGGCAACGUAACGGGAACAGUUGCUGCAAAAUUCGCUUUUUUCCCGCCAGAGCCACCAACGUACGACGUUUACAGAGAGCAAGAUGGGAGGGUGGUGUUUUCCGGCGUCACCGCCGAUAAAAACGUCGACGUUCAUCUUCUCGACACCAAGGUUGGGAACAAGAUCGUUGCUACCUUCUGGAGACACCCUUUUGGUAGAUUCACCUUAUUGUACUCACAUGGUAAUGCCGCUGACUUGGGUCAAAUGCAUGACCUCUUCAUCGAGCUCAGAGCUCACCUUCGUGUCAAUAUCAUGAGCUAUGACUAUUCUGGAUAUGGAGCAUCUACAGGUAAGCCAUCUGAGUUCAACACAUAUUACGACAUAGAGGCUGUAUAUAAUUGUUUGAGGAAUGAAUAUGGAAUUAAGCAAGAGGAUUUAAUAUUGUAUGGUCAAUCUGUUGGAAGUGGACCCACACUACACUUGGCUUCUAAGUUGCACAAGUUGAGAGGUGUUGUUCUUCACAGUGCCAUCCUUUCAGGGAUAAGGGUUUUGUACCCUGUCAAGAUGACAUUUUGGUUUGACAUAUUCAAAAAUAUAGAUAAAAUUCGGCUUGUCAACUGUCCAGUGUUUGUUAUACAUGGAACAGAUGAUGAUAUUGUCGACUGGUCUCAUGGAAAGCGAUUGUGGGAACUCUCCAAGGAAAAAUAUGACCCUUUGUGGGUUAAGGGAGGUGGCCAUUGCAACCUUGAAACUUUCCCCGAGUACAUCAAGUACUUGCGCAAGUUCAUUAAUGCAAUGGAGAAACUCUCACUCACAAGACAGACAAACAAACAACUCACUCAAAAUCCUAGUAUCACUGAAUCCAGACAUAACAAAUGCUUAAGAUUUGGUAAAAGAUAGCUUGAUCUUUUUAAGGUUUUGGAUGUAGGAAUUCAGAAUGACGGUUUGAUUGAAGGUUGUGCUCAGCUGCAGUAGUACCCUUGCUACAUUGAUUCAUGGAUUAAAAGUAUGUGAGAGACCCUAACCCCCUUAAAAAAAUGAUGUCUUUGAUCCAAAUCCUGUUGAGAUAGCCAUAGCCUUAUAUAGUUGGAGAAUUUCCGAGUGGUGUUUGCCUGGUUAAUUAUAAUGUACUUGAUUUUGGUAUCUGACAAAGUUGAGUUUAUCUAUAGGCCAUCAUCAUUCUCGGAAAAAAAAUUAAGAAUCUUUUUCCCACUACUAAAUCUUUUGUCAAAUUAUCUAGAUAGCG